ACCAAGGUCAUCACAGUUGCUCCCCCUCUCUCCCUACAAUGGAAAACUCUGAAGGCAAACUCGUCGAUCUCUACAUUCCCCGCAAGUGCUCUGCCACCAACGGCCUCAUUGCUGCCAAGGACCACGCUUCGGUCCAAAUCAAUGUUGGCGAUGUCAACGCUGAAGGUCGUUUGACUGGUACCUACUCCACCUAUGCUUUCUCCGGCUUUGUCCGUCGUGAAGCCGAGUCUGACGAUUCCUUGAAUCGUCUUGCUACCCAGGAUGGCUAUCUUAAGAGUGUUUUCUCGUACCAAUUGUAAAACAACAUCAAAUAAAGAAAAGCAUAUGCGUGU